UUAGUAAGAUAAAAUUAAUAAAAUCAAUAUCUUUUGUAUAAAUAUAGAGCUUCCUAGGUUGAAUGAUUGGUUAAGUGGUUAUAUUACUUAUUUAAACUUAAGCGUGAAGGAAAUUUGGAUUACAAGAACAACAAACCCACAUCAUGACUUGUGUAAUUAUAGUUUUCUCCACCAUGUAAUAAUGUAAUUGAACGCUAGCGCUAUUAUAAUGGUUAAUUUACUCCACAUCAAUAAGUCAUCAUUUCAGAGAUAGACGACACCAAUCAUAUGAUUCAUACCUCUCUCGUAACUAUAUAUGAACUUAGCCAUCAUAUAGUUUCUUUAAUCACACACUCACAAAAACUAGCAAACAAACAUAGCAAGAAUAUUAAGGCAAUUAGUUUAUUUAAUGGAGAGAAGAGAGGACCACUACUCAAACUACUUCGUCCAAAGCCCUUCAUCGCUAUCCCACGACCUCGAGUUCGAAUUCCAGUCUCCCACUCGAUCUGACUCAGCGCCAUUGGUCCUAUCCCCCGUCAAUGAAUUCCCCAAGCACUCAGAUUUCUUGAGAAACUCCGGAAACAAAUUAGUGUAUGAGGAUGAUGAGAAAAUGUUGGUGCCAUUGCGUCGUAGCUCCAAUUCGGGUUGGUGGAUCGUUCUGCAAAUAGGUUGGAGGUUUUUCUUUAGCUUAGGAGUGGCAUUGCUUGUCUUCUACAUUGGCUUGUUUACUCUACCUAAAAAGUAUGUAACUUUACAGAUUGGAAGGUUUAAUCAGUUUAUGUUAGAAGAAGGUGUGGAUUCACAUGGAGCGUCGACUAAGUUCCUCACUUUCAAUUGCUCUACCAAGCUCAUAGUAGAUAACAAGUCUAAUGUCUUUGGCCUUCACAUUCAUCCUCCAUCUAUCAAAUUCUUCUUUGGCCCCCUCAACUUUGCAAAGGCGCAAGGACCUAAACUAUAUGCGUUGAGCCAUGAGUCGACAACAUUUCAGCUCUACAUAGGAACAACGAACCGGGCAAUGUAUGGGGCAGGAGCGGAGAUGGAUGAUAUGCUUCAGUCGAGAGCUGGAUUGCCUCUAAUACUGCGGACAAGCAUAAUUUCCGACUAUCGAGUUGUCUGAUUACCUAAG